GUCACCAAACCGAGCACAUCAAAAAUAAAUUUUCGGCAGCAUUUUUUAAAAGUUUACAAAUUUCGAAUUACCAAAUUUCGAGAUAAAAUUCAUCCACGAUUUUUUUCGAAAUAAAACAUCCAGCCAUGUCGAACGGUUUUUCCUUCUGGAACGGACAGCCAGUGAAUGCGCCUAUCUUUCCCCAAAUGGGUGAUGCCAUAAACGUUGGUAGCCAGUGGUCGUCCAGCGUGGCACCAGGAUCCUGUGGACCAAGAACUCGACCGAUGCUGCAGAGCAUGGGCGAUUUCCAGCCGAUGAGAUGUCCUCCAGUGCCACCCAACUUCUUUGGCCAGCCGCACGCCAUGGGAACUGGAUUUGGAGAUGAUCAGGGACCCUGCGAACCCUGCAUCGAUAAUGGAGAAGCCUUCUGCGCCUACAACGGCUUGGAUAUGAGCUGUGCCGGGAGAAUUAAGGGCGAUUUCUGGUAGUAAAUCAGUUGUCCCAUCCAAGACCUUCUUGUUCACAAAGUCGUUGGAAUAAAUUUUGCAUUGUGGUCUCUGCUAGCUC